AUGCUUGUAGUGACUGAAUGUUCAAAUCAGUUAGAAAGCGUUUCUGAUGUAAAAAGUUAUGAAUAUUCUGAUUUUAAAGAAAUAAAACGUAUUGGAAAUGGAGGAUUUGCACUUGUUUACUCUUGCAUGUUCCAAGAAGAAAAAUAUGCAUUGAAAGAGCUAAACAAUAAUUAUCUUGAUGAUGAUAAAUUUAAAAAAAUCGUAUCUGAGAGCUCAAAAAAUAUUUUGUUAAACGAUGGUAAAAUAUUAAUUGUGAAUUUUGGAAUGUUAAGCGAUACUACUUUUAUCGGUUCAAACAUGCCAGGUAUGGCUGUACGGGACAAAAACUCGGAUAUUUACAAUUUGGGAAUAUUACUCUGGGAACUCUCAAACGGAAUUCCUUCUUUUGCUACCUAUUAUGUGACGGAUAUAAUCCAAAAAAUUGCAAAAAAUAAAAGAGAAAGAACUUUUACCAAUUCUCCUCCAGAUUAUGUAAAGCUUUAUGAAAGUUGCUGGUUUCCUGAUCCAGAAAAACGUUUAACACUGGAUAAUAUCUUAAACGAAAUUGAGAGGCUUUCUGUUGAAACUUCUAUCGAAUUCGUUACUGUUUACGAACCAUUGGAAACUUUUCAACCCAUUUCAUAUACACCAACCGAGGAAGUUGAAAAAGUUAAAAAGUUUGAAAAAGUUGAAACUAUUCAUAGUAUUUCAUCAAAAGACAACUUUGAAAGCAAAUGGGAGAAUGAUGAAGACGCAAAAGAAUGUCGUAGGUGCCAAAAGCCAUUUAAUACAUUUUUCAGAAGAAGGCAUCAUUGCAGACGAUGCGGUCAAGUAGUAUGUUAUGAGUGUUCUAGCGAACGUAUUGCGAUGUCUCAAGUUGUUACUCCAUCUGGAAAUGAAAAAACCAACAAAUCCUCACAUCGCGUUUGUACUUUAUGUUAUGAUAUAAUAAAUGCGGAACGGGCAGAGGACGAAAAAAAUGCAGUUACUGAAUUAAAUAUAUUGCUAUUGGGAGAAACUGGAGUAGGAAAGUCUACUUUUAUAAACGCAUUUGCAAACUAUAUGAAAUUUAAAAAUCUAGAUGAAGCAAUGCAUGGAAAGAUGGAUACAUUAAUUCCAUCAAUGUUCUCAAUAACUGAUGAAUAUUGCGAUCUUAGAAACAUUAUAGUAGGUCAAGAAGAUGAAAAUGAAUUUAUUACAAAUAGAGGAAUGUCAUCUACUCAAGGUUGUAAAAGUUAUAAAUUCCGUGUUGAUAAUAAUACAGAAGUAAGAUUUAUUGAUACACCUGGAAUAGGAGAUACUAGAGGAUUAAAUACAGAUGCAAAAAAUUUCGAAAACAUUUUAAAAUAUAUUAGUCAAUUCGAUCAAUUGAAUGGAAUUUGCAUUCUUCUUAAACCAAAUAAUGCUAGAUUAACUAUAAUGUUUAGAUUUUGUAUCCAAGAAUUAUUAUCUCAUCUUCAUAAGGGUGCUAGAGAUAAUAUUGUUUUCUGUUUCACUAAUUGUAGAGGAACAUUUUAUCGUCCAGGGGAUACUUUACCAGCGUUAAAAAAGCAACUAUUGAAUCUUAAAUCAAAAGCUGAUGUGGAAAUUACAACUGAUCACAAUACAUUAUACUGUUUUGAUAACGAAUCAUUUAGAUUUUUAGCUGCAUUUAAACAAAAUAUUCUAUUUGAAGAAACUGAUAAAGAAAUCUAUGCCGUAAGUUGGAAAAGAUCUGUUGAUGAAUCAAAUAGACUUAUUCGUUAUUUCAAAUCGUGUAAACCUCACGAUAUAAAAGAUACCAUAUCACUUAAUAAUGCUAGACAAAUAGUUAUGGAUCUUUCCAAACCUCUUGCUGAAAUUUGUCAAAAUAUUCAAAUCAAUAUUGCUUUGGCUGAAGAAAAAAAAGAAGAAAUUAAAAAAUCGGAUUUAACCAUUGCAGAUCUUAAAGGCAAAUUACAUCUUCCACAAAUAGAUCUUAAACCAAUUCAAUUGAAUUAUCCUAGAACUGUAUGUACCAGUUCAUCCUGUGUUAAAACUUUAACCGUCGGUAAAACCAAAAUGAAAAAGAUUGAUUACAUAACUCAUUGUCAUAAACGGUGUUAUUUACAAGGUGUUGAAUGUAAUAUUAUAAACAAUUCGGCUCUUUUGGGUUGCACUGCCAUGGCAGGAACUAAGAAAUGUCAAGUAUGUGGUUGUUUAUGGAAUAAACAUAUGCAUAUCACUUAUGAAAACGAACAAAUCUCGGUUGAUAAAGUUGAUGAAAAUAUAAAAAUUUUAAUCAGUGAAAAGCAAUCCGAUCAAACCAUAAAGGCUGCUUAUAUAAAAGAUCUCGAAAAGAGGAUUAAUCAAUUGAAAGAAGAGAAAAAGACCAUAAAUAAAAUUAUUGUCAAAUUUGCUUUAUUUUUAAGACAAAAUGCCAUAGCAGCUUUUAAUGAUGCUUAUGUUGAUUAUUUGGAUCAUUUUAUAAACGAAGAAAAAAUUAAAAAAGGUGCUAAUCCAAAUACUUAUAAUAACAAAGUACUUGAAGAACUCGAAACUUCAAGAAGAGAAUAUGCUGAAAAAAUGGAAACUAUUAAAGAUGCAAUUGAAGCUGAUAAAGUUUCUUCGGUUCCAAUUUCUCCUGAAGAUAUUAAUAAAUUAGAAAAACAACUACUUAAUCUUACAAUUUCUGGUCAAACUUUACAAAAGAUGAAAGAUGAAACUAAACGUGGUCAAAUUAAUUCUAUAAAUUAUCAUGAAAUGCAUCAUCAUAAUUCUUCUAGAUUUUCUAGCAUGAGACAAAUUUUUUCUCCUAGUCCGCCAAAAUUAAACAAAUUAUAUAAUACAUCUAGUCUGAAAUUAACUAUUUGUAUAAACACCAUAUAUUGGGUCAGAGUUGGUAUUCGUAACAUUUCUAGA